AUGGAGGUACCCGGAAAGACCAGAGAUAGAGCUCAAGGUCUAACGUCAUCUUCGGAAUCAUCUAAAUGUCAUGGAGUGUUAUGUCAACCAUGUAAAGCUGACGGUGAGAGUUUAGAAGCCGAUGGUUUCUGUCAGAACUGCCAGGAAUAUCUGUGUAAAACGUGUAUCAAAUAUCACCGCAAAGUAACUGUCAGUAAACAUCAUACUAUUUUGGAGAAGGCUAAUAUGCCGAAGAAUGUUGAACCACAAACUGUCAAACAACUAUGUACUGAAACCUGCGAGAAACACAAAUUAGAGAUAAUCAAGUACUUCUGCAGUGAUCAUGAUACAGUUGGGUGUGGUAAUUGUAUGGUAAUUGACCACAAGACAUGCAAGGUUGAGUUUAUCCCAGAUAUAGCUGACGAAUUUACCAACGGAGAGGACUAUAAAGCUAUUUUGACUAGACUCGAGAAACUCCAAACAAAGGUUGAUUUCAAGAUAAAAGCAACAGGUACAGGCAGGGAAGCAUGUGCUAAAGAAUUCGUUUUCGCAGUUCAAGAAAUCAAAAGGUUCCGAAAGGAGAUUGAAGAUCAUCUAAACAAGAUGGAACAAACAAUACUAAAGGAAUGUGAACGUCUCAGGAAAGAAAAUGUAAAUGCUAUAACUAAAAAUGAGGAUUUCCUGAAAACAAUCAAGUCUGAACUAGAUGACAUUGCUGACUGUUUAAAGUCACAGUCAAAGAAAACCACUGACCUGUUUGUUGAAGCAAAGCAAACAGAAGCUCGACUGAGUCAGUUAGAGCAAGACAUGAAACAAAAUGUAAAUAUGGUAUUUACUGAGUAUAAGUUUGUACGUAACAGUGACUUGAACGCGAUGGUUUCUGGAAGCUGCCCUCUGGGGAAACUUUCUUUAAAGUCAUGUAGUUACAACCCUUCAAAAGAAUGCAGCAUUGCUGAAUUUAAACCAGUGUAUGCUGGUGAAAUUAUUGUUCAUUCAAAUACUGACAAAGAGGAUGUACUCAUUUCAAACAUGCUUCUUUUAUCAUCAGACGCACUUUUAUGCGUAGAUAAGAAAAAUAACUCUGUUAAAGUGGUAGACAUAAAACAAAAAUGUAUUUCAUCACAGAUUCUCUUGAAUUCUGGGCCGUGGGAUAUAACGUUCGUUGCCACCGACCAGAUUGCAGUUACAUUACCUGGUAUUGGGAAGAUUUGUUUCCUCUCAGUUACAGACAAGAAACUGACAUCAAUCAGAGAAAUAAAAGUCAACGGAGAAUGUAGAGGGAUAGCUCACUACCAGAAUACAUUGGUGGUAUCUUUUGUCGGACCACCAAAACUUCAAAUUUUAACACUGGACGGAGUGGUUGUUCGCAAUAUUACAGCUGGUACUUUAGGUUGGCCUGGUUGUGUAGAAGUUAACGUAUGUGGGAGUAGUUUCUUUGUAUCUGAUUUUUACAACUCUUCGUUGAUGAAAUUUUCGUUUGAUGGGAAAUUACUUGCAACUUAUCAGGACGAAAGUUUUAAGUAUCCGAGAUCAUUUACCGUUUGUGAGGAUGGUUCAGUUCUUGUUUGUAGCAGUGGAAAUAAUACCUUACAUCUAGUUUCGCAAGAUUGUAGAAAAAUCAAAAUAUUGCCGAUUGAGAAAAAUAGGUUUGAUCGCUUGCAGUCUGUCUGUUUUAAUGAAGCAUCUUCCACUUUGUAUCUUAGUAACUAUUCUGGAAACUCCAUCCUGGUAUACAAGCAGGCAUGA